UUUUAAACUAUUACGAAUUUUUUAAUUAAACUUCAUUUGGUUACGAAUACCGAAAACAUUUUCAUUGAAGUUAGAUUUGCAAUACUUAGAUCGCAGCGACUCUGGCGACCAAGGUUUCCUUACUAGCUACGAAAUGACUCGUUCCUCAUCACCCAAAAUUUUGCGGAGUUUCCAACCUGUAUAUAAGACUAUUCUAUCACACGUGACAAUAAAACAUGACGUGGUGUAGGCAUGUGUCUAUAAACAUACUUUCAAAAUGUUUUUCUCCAGAAGGGACGUGAUUUUGCGUGUAUUGUUGACAAGUUCGAUAAGCAUUUGCUCAUAUGUUGGUGACCAGAUUUUAAAAAAUGGAAAGAAUCAAGCGCUACGCGCGAUUUCUGACAACUUGACACACGCGAUUGUUGGCGGUCUUUCAUGGUCGUUGAUAGUAAUUUUGUCAAAAAAAUCUUUAUCGCAAAAUAUUUUUAGGAUUCUGUCCUGCUUCCUUGUGUCUUCGUUUGUUGACUUAGAUCAUUUUAUUGUGGCAAGAAGUUGGAAACUACAUGAUGCAACGCACUUGGAAAGAAGGCCAUUUCUUCACUGUUCGACGCUACCUAUAAUAAUCUGGCUGUUCCUUCUAUCGAUCUCUAUAAUGUAUAAUUUACCCAAUACAAAUGAUUAUGCGUGGAUAAUUUUAGCUGGCUUCUUAAGCCACCACAUACGAGAUGCAACUAGAAGAGGCAUGUGGUUCUGUCCUAUAGGGUCGACUAAGCCAAUUCCUUACCCAAUCUAUUUGUGCACAAGCAUGGCUUUUCCUUACAUUCUUGCUUGGUUAAUGUACAUGGUACCUGGCAAGACCGGUGAGUACUCGACAAUGACUUUCAUGGUAUAACUCAAAGCCAAAAUUUAAAUAUUCUAUAUAUAUAUAUAUAUAUUAUAUGAGCAAGGGACCUUAUAUUUCAUAACUGGUACUAAAAGAUAUCUAGAAUUAUUUAUUCUAUACAACAUGUAGGAUAACUACAUAUAAAUUCCAAAGAAAUAAGAGAUGCUUAAUCUGUAAUUUGUAUAUAUUUACUCAGUUGUAUAUUUUACAUAAAUUUAUAAUAAAACCUAUACUUACAUUAAUGAUCGUUCUUUAUGGAUAAACACUAAAAAGAAUUUGGAAAUAUCUAAGAGGAACUGAUGGUACUAUUGUGUCACUUUUUAUUUCAAUUCAAAUUCAAUGCACUCUAAUGGAUGCUAUUUCCUCGUUCUUUCAUGCCAAUCAUUCGCGGAAAUAGUAAGGAAUGGCAUCAGGAACUAAAAAUAUCCUUACCCUUGCCGUCGUAACUACAACUCGUAUGUUAUUAUCUUCUAGUAACAAUGCCAAUGGACUGGCUAUUAACACAGCUAAGAUGCAGCAUCUGAAGUCAUAUUUUUGUUGUUUGUAUGUCCAUGCAUCACACCUUGUUGUUGUGUAUUUUAAUUUUAACUUCCUUCUACAAAUGCAAAAACAAAAACAUUGGCAACAGUACCUCUAAAUAAAUAUAGAAAUUUAAAACAUGUAUAUUUGUAAGGUAGUAAUCCAUAUUGGCAAAACUGGACUUCAGACUGUUUAACAUUUCUGUACGGGUAUAUACAGUUUAUAAUGAAUUAAUGACUGAAUAUACACAUCUAUAUCCUAAUAUUCAUAUAAAUAAAAACGAUUCAUUUGCGAAAAUCCACUAAUGAACCUAUCCUCCAGAAAUGCAAUUACUAUUACUAUC